AUGGUGAAUAGAUGGGAUGUUAGUGGUCAAAUGAUUGGUGCUAGGGAUAUUUCGGAUCAUUGUCCUAUUUGGAUAAUGACGGAUCAAUACAAUUGGGGGCCGAAACCAUUUAAGUUCAAUAAUGAAUGGUUUUCUUUUGACUCUUUCUUACCGUUCGUUGAGAAGGAGUGGAUGAGUUUGAAGGUGAAAGGAAGAUGGGACUUUGUUUUGAAAGAAAAACUUAAACUCUUAAAGGACAAACUCAAAAGGUGGAAUAGGGAUGUCUUUGGGAAGAUCAAUUUGGAUAUUGAGGAAGAUGUCAACGAUAUUAAUCUUGCCGAUGAGAGGUUAGAUUCCACCCCUUUUUCUAUUUCUUCUUUUGAGGAAAACUUGGCUUUUAAAAAAGAGGCGACAUGUGGUUUUUGGCGGAAUUUGAGAAUUAAAGAAAAUAUGCUUGUGCAAAAGUCUAGGAUGAAGUGGCUUAAAGAAGGAGAUACUAAUAGUGGUUUUUUUCAUAAAGUUAUGAAACAAAGAAGAUUACAUAACCAUAUUGGUCCAAUUCUAAUUUCGGGAGGCAUGGUGGAGUUGGUGGAGGAUGUUAGGGAGGAGGUGUUCAAACAUUUUGGGAAUAAAUUUGUUGAACCGGAAGUGACUAGACUAGUGUUAGAUGGUGUUCAAUUCAACACUUUAAGUAGGGAGGAGGCGAGGGGGCUUGAGAAACCUUUCCUUGAAGAUGAAAUAAAAUAG